AUGAAUGUUAUGGCUCCGGACGGCGGAUGGGGAUGGAUGGUGGUCCUGGCUGGGUUCGUCCAGACGGCGCUGGUUUUUGGGGUGAUCCGUUCUUUUGGGGUCUUCUUUGUGGAGUUUGUGGCCUAUUUCGGGGAAACCUCCAGCGGCGUCUCCUGGGUGGUUUCCGUCGGAGUGGCCACUCUACAAUUUGCAAGCCCAAUGGGGAGUGCCCUCAGCGCCCGCUUUGGGGUGCGUCCAGUGGUGAUGGCCGGAGGUUUGCUUGCCAGCUUGGGGUUGCUGCUCGCCUCCUUCUCCACCAGCCUCAUUCACCUGUACAUGAGUGUUGGCCUGGUCGCAGGCCUGGGCUGGGCCUUGGUCUUCAGCCCCUCCAUUGCUGCUGUGUCGUGUUAUUUCAACAAGCGUCGCUCGCUGGCCACCGGUUUGGCUGUCUCCGGCGCUGGCAUCUCCUCCUUGGCCUUUUCGCCCCUCUUCCAAUACCUGCUUCAUGUCUAUGGAUGGCGAGGGGCCCUCAUUUUGUUAUCUGGGAUGUCCCUAAACUUGGUGGCAUCCGGCACUUUGCUCCGACCUUUGGUUUUGGAAGGAGAACUAGACGUCCCGGAGAAAUCCAGUGAUGCUGGCUGUUUGGAGACCCUGUCCUCCCUCUUCUCCCUUGAACUCUUGCGCCACAAACCCUUCAUGAGCUACGUUUUGGUCUUCGUCCUGGUAGACGCCGGCUACUUCGUGCCCUAUGCCCACUUGGUGGCCCAUGCCAGGGAGAAUGGGUGCGACGAAUACCAAGCCGCUUUUGUCAUGUCUGCUGCGGCCGUUUCGGACAUGUUCGGCCGGGUCUUGGCUGGCUGGAUUGCAGAUGCCAAAGUCUUCGCCCGCCUGGUUCAUAGCCUCACUCUUUGGACCCUCCUAACAGGGCUCUCCCUCACUCUACUCCCCUUGGGGCACAGCUUUUCCUCUUUGGUGCCCCUUGGCGUUGGCUACGGCUUCUUCGCAGGCACCUUGGUGCCACUCCAGUUCACCACUUUGGUGGAAAUCGUGGGCACCGGGUACUUGAUCGGAGCCAUCGGACUCAUGCACAUGCUGGAAAGCAUUGGGGCUUUGCUGGGAGCCCCACUUUCAGGAUGGCUGAGGGACAUGACCGGGGAUUACACGGCCUCUUUCGUGGCCUCUGGGGUCUUCCUCCUGGCUGGUGCCUUGCUCCUUUUGACCUUGCCAAACUACUUCUCCCAUUCCGAGCUGUUGGAAACCAGGAGGAAGACAACCAUGCCACCUUUGGACCCGGAGGUAUAUGAAUUGACCCAAGACUGAAGGAGACUAGUUAGCCAGCUCCAGUCUCCAAAGCAUUGGAAGAAGUGACAAAGGACUUCAAAGUCAGCAGCA